AUGCUCAACAGCACCGCCGAAGCUCUGCCGACCAUGGCAAUAUGCAACAGGACGGCGUCCUCACAGCCAUCCAACUCACAGUUCUCGCUGGGAGUGCUGGUGCUCCUGGCUGUCCUCAUGGUGCUGCUCGCUCUGGUCACCAUCCUUGGCAACGCCUUGGUGAUCCUUGCUUUCCUACUGGACAGAAACCUCCGGCAUCGGAGUAAUUACUUCUUUCUCAAUCUUGCGAUUUCUGACUUUGCAGUGGGUGCAUUCUGCAUCCCUCUGUACAUCCCUUACAGCCUUACAGGGAAAUGGCAGUUGGGAAGAAACGUCUGCAAGUUCUGGCUUCUUAUGGACUACCUUCUCUGCACAGCUUCAGUAUUUAACAUUGUUCUCAUCAGCUAUGACCGUUUCCUGUGUGUUACUAAAGCUGUGUCCUACCGAGUGCAGCAGGGAGCAGCCUCCAGCCCCGUUGUGAAGAUGGCGGCCAUCUGGGCCUUGGCCUUCCUGCUCUACUGCCCGGCAGUUCUCUUCUGGGAGCUCGUGGCCGGCUGCAGCGUGGUGCCGCCGGACGAGUGCUACGCCGAGUUCUUCAACAACUGGUACUUCCUGCUGUGCGCCUCCACCGUGGAGUUCUUUGUGCCGCUGGUCUCUGUGACCUAUUUCAAUGUGCACAUCUUCCGGGAUAUCCAUAAGCGUCAGAGACGUGGCAGUGUGUUGGACAGCGAGCCGCCCAAGAGCGGUGGCCUGUCUUGGAGAUCUUGCCUCCUGCCAAGGCAAGGCUUAUCUUCUUCGGAAGCAGAGGACAGUAGUUCUUCCUCUAUGAGGCCAAAGAAAGAGUCUUUGGUAACUGUAAGCUCACUGCCAUCCAGAGGUAAUUCUGUAACCCCAGAGAAUGACCUCUCCGCUUCUUUCUGUGCGAAGACCAGAUCAAAACUGCAACAGGAUAAGAAAAUUGCAAAGUCACUUGCCAUAAUUGUGUGCAUCUUUGCCAUUUGUUGGGCCCCGUAUACGUUACUAAUGAUAAUUCGUGGGGCCUGCCAAGGAACCUGUGUCCACAACUCCUUGUAUGAAAUAACCUUUUGGCUUUUAUGGCUCAAUUCAUCUUUGAAUCCAUUUCUCUAUCCUCUCUGUCAUGUUAAAUUUCGAAUGGCUUUCACAAAAAUAUUAUGUCCACAAAAGUUUGCAGCACUGAGAUCAAGAUCUUUUUAG